AUGGAGGCGAGACUGGCGGCUAUGGCGGCGCCGGGACACACCGCCGACGUGCUGGAAAUGCAGCUGCGCGAGCAGAAGUCGUUCCACGCAGAGGUGCACCAGUACAAGCACCAGGUCGAGCUGUUCGGGCAGCUGACGCAGCGGCUCAUCGCCGUGUACCGGAACGACGACACCACCCGCAUCAAGCGCGCCACCGAGGCCAUCAACCACCGAUACAACGAGCUUAACAAUAGCAUCGUCGCCCGAGGCAAAGCGCUGCACUCGGCAGUUUCAUCGCUGCAGAACUUCGACCGGUCGCUGGAGAACUUCGUGGCGUGGCUCAGCGAGGCGGAGUCGCUGCUGGACGCGGCCGAGAGGGACCCACAUUUGCUCAAGGAUCUACAAUCGGAGAUCGAGACGCACCGCGAUGUAUACGCGUCGCUCACGGGCACGGGUCGGCGGCUGCUGGGCUCGCUGUCCUCGCAGGAGGACGCCGUCAUGCUGCAGCGCCGCCUGGACGAGAUGAACCAGCGCUGGCACCACCUCAAGGCCAAGAGCAUGGCCAUCAGGUGA